GUCGCCGCGCGGUAGCGCAGUCGCCCCACGACGCCGGGUCAGGUCUGGUCCUUAGGUGCGAGCUUACGGUGAGCGCUGGAACUCAGGAGGGGAGUGAACUGGCGGCAGUAGAACCAAAGCACAGUGCAGUGAGCGGUCUUUGAAAAAAAACGAACUCUGCCAAAAAGCUGACGCGGUGAAACGCUUGUACAUACAUCGGGAUAACAACACGUAAAAGCAAAGAUGACCCCUCGUGUGCUACUGAAUGCUGCCUUGGCCGCUUCCAUUAUCGUGGUGUGCAGCGCGGAGAGGGUCACACAGGAGGUCUACUUUGACAUCGAUAUCGGUGACCGGCCGGCCGGCACCAUUCAGAUCGGUCUCUUCGGAGAUGUGGUGCCGCGAACCGUCAAUAACUUCGUCCGUUUGGCCACCGACGGCGCCACCUUCGACGGCCACUACGGCCGCUACGAGGGCAGCAUCUUCCACAGGGUUAUCCGCAACUUCAUGAUUCAGGGCGGUGACUUUGAGCGCGGUGACGGCACUGGUGGCUUCAGCAUCUACGGCGGCACGUUCAAGGACGAGAACUUCCGGCUGCGUCACACGGGUCCCGGCAUGAUCAGCAUGGCCAACUCGGGCCGUGACACCAACGGCAGUCAGUUCUUUAUCACGACAGUUCGAGCGCCGUGGCUGGACGGUACUCACGUCGUCUUCGGAAAGGUGACCAGCGGCAUGGACGUGGUACGUCAGAUUGAGCAGCUGGCCACAGGUCCCGACGACCGGCCCCUUCAGGAGGUGCGCAUCCGACGCUCCGGUCUCACCAACACGCUGCCCUUCGAGAUGGACCUGCGCGACCCGCUCUUGAGCAACAUGUUCUGGGUGAAGUUCGUCGUCAUACCAGCGACCAUAACAAUCAUAUUAGCUAUCUUCUUCCGGCAUGUUCUGAAGAAAUUUGACGUCAUUGAUAGCGCAUAUUAUGAAAUUUGCGAAAAGAGACAAAAACUAAAGAAACAAAUUAAAUCGGGCAAAAAGGAAGAAGAAAAGCUUGAGCCUGUCCCAGAAAAAGCUGAGGCGAAGAAGGAUAAAUAAAUAAUAUAUAAGCGGUUCCGCAGCGUCGGCGGUACCAUCUUUCCUGACGCUGGCUUUGGCCGUGGUCGCUGGACGCCUGUGAAGUGCAUCUCACACCACCCAGGGACGCGAAACAGCAGAAGAGCGCCCCUCACUUUGACCUGCGUGAGCGCCCCUUUCGUCCCGAAUGGAAGUCUUUUUUUAGGUAGCUGUCGCGAGGCCAUACAAAAAGCAUGGUCAUCACUGCCUUGGUCGAAAAACGAAGUCCUACAAGCUUUAUUCGGGAUUUGAGUGAUGCUGUGAACGUCUGUAAAAGUGUGCGCACGUAUGUACCUUUACGUGGCUAGGAAGUAUGUUACGAGCAGUAUGAGCGUCGUUGACGCCAAAGAGCUUUCUGGAGAAGUCAUCUGGCGUAUUGCGACGCUUACUGCAUGAAUGUGUUGAAAAUAACUGCGGAAACGUGCAUUGUAUUUGUAUUUAUAUAUAAUCAAAAAGGGAUGAUACAUGGAAGAGAAUAGAGAAGUAGUGUGUACUUGUAAUGUCUCAGCUGCGAGAAAUCGUAUCUCAAAAUGCUGAAACACGGUAUGAAGCUUUACAAGUCGUUUUUAGGGCGAACGAUAGGGUACCAUCUACAUAGGUGACCAAUGCUGAAUUAGUAGAGUUUUGAUUGUACAAUCUGCGAAUUUACAUAGACGGUUUCUUUUAUUUUGAGUGCUGACCGCUGUUUUGUUUGUAAAAAAGCAAUAUGACACGUGCUUGAAAUGUAAAACAAAAAUGCGUGUUUGAUGCGUGUUUGAUGGGUCACCUGAAAGCUGACUCAUACUUGUUUGACAACAUCACGUUCAGAUAAAUCGAAAAUAAACAAAAUGUAUGUAGA